UUUGUGCCCAAGGGUCUUACCUUACCAACAGGGUAAGUUUUGAGGAGGGCGAGAGGCCGUCGCUGCGCACACCAGACCACCCUGCCCUCUCUGUCGCGGGCCAGCCUCAGCGAUGACGGCAGCGGCAGAUCUAACCAUGCCGGCCUCGCGUUCGGCCUGGUGGUGGCCGCGGGGCUCUCCACCGCGGUGGGCGCCGCCGCGGUGUACUUCAAGGUGCUCGUGCGCCUCGCCAGCAAGGGCGUGCUGGCCUGCGGCCUGGGCUUCUCCGGCGGCGUCAUGCUCUACCGUCUCCUUCGUCGAGAUCUUCGUGAAGUCCCAGGACGCCUUCAGCGAGGCGAUCGAGGACCAGUCCCAUGCCUACAUCGCCGCGACGGCGUGCCUCUUCGGCGGGAUGCUGCUUCUGAGGUUUAUGGCCAUGCUGGUCCACGCCCUGGACAAGAAUCACAAGUGUCACGAGGACCCUGCGGUGGGAAUGCAGAUCAGGAGCCCUGUCAUGGGCCCCGGCACCAUCCGAAGGAGAAUCAAGCCGCGCAAACAUACACUUCUGGAGCUCCGCGCGGAUUUUUCAGGUCGGCGCUUGGACCUCCCCUCCCUGGCGCGCGGAGCGCGCCAGGGGUGGCGCCAGAGGCGCCGCCAGGGG